AUGCUCCUGCGGUUACAGCACUAUGACAUCGACCUACGUUAUAAACCUGGGAAAGAGCUGUAUUCUGCAGAUACACUCUCGAGGGCUCACCUUCCUACUUCUGACGACGAUGACGAAGAUCUUGUUCUGUGUGUGCACACGGCGAUAGCAAACCUACCAGUGAGUGACAAGAAAUUGGUAGAGUUGCGUCAGGAAACAGCUAAUGACAGCAUUAUGGUCAAAUUGACAAGAAUAAUUCAAGAAGUUGGCCCAACCACAAAAAUGGAGUGUCAAAAGACGUCAGCAAGUUUUGGGCAUAUAGAGAUGAAUUGAUAGCGGUUGAUGGUCUGAUUUUCAAGGGCGAAUCUAUCGUUGUUCCACGAACAUUGCGGAAAAGUAUUUUGGCACAGAUUCAUGAAGGACAUCUCGGAAUGGAGAGAAGUAAGCUCCAAGCUCGGGAAUUGGUAUUCUGGCCCGGUAUGUCUAAGCAGAUUGAAGAUGUCGUGUCCAACUGUACGACGUGCCAACAGCUCAGGCUAAGCAAUCCCAAAGAGCCGAUGAUUCCCCACGAAAUCCCACAGAAUCCUUGGCAAAUCGUUGCUAGCGAUUCGUUUGAGUGGAAUGGUAGCUAA